AUGUUCGUGAAAUGGAUUGGUCCUCUAACGGUGGAACAUGUUCAUUUGGAGCACGACACAAACGAAGAGGACAGAACACUCGGUAUCACUAACCGUACAAACGACAUAGUCAACGAGGGGGUCCGGGUUCAAAGCAAUAUAGCGGCAUGGAGUCAGCAUAUUCACAAGGACAGAUCUCAGCGGCUGAGCGGCGAGCUUGUAGAAGGUGUUGCCUUCCUCCACGAGCAAAGGAUUGCGCACUUGGAUAUCAAGCCUGACAAUCUUAUCUGUACCUUUGACACGGAUAGGCUUCUUAUUAUUGACUUUGAUAUAGCCAUGAAGUGCGGUAGUGAAAAUGACAUGGUCGAAAGGUCCUGCGGGACUUUUGAAUGGAGCGCUCCGGAAAUUGUUCUUGACGCUGACAAGUUGCCACAGGCGUUCAGUCCUAUACGAGCAGAUCUGUGGUCCUGUGGUAGGGUUCUUCAGUUCAUUACUGGGAUGGUCGAGAAAGGCUCAUAUUCCGGCUUCGGGCAGCUCAUCAAGAUGCUUCUGGACAGAGAUCCGAGAAGGCGGCCUUUGCUACAUUCAGUAGUUGAUAAGGAAUGGGUUUCAUGGACAACUAAUCAACUCCUCGAAGCAUUCGGGUGUCAAGCGAGUGGUAACGAGAUUCAAGAGACGGUGCCCACACGGUCAGUAUAG